AUGGGCACUGGGGAUUUUAUCUGCAUUUCCAUGACCGGAGGGGCGCCCUGGGGGUUCCGAUUGCAAGGUGGCAAGGAGCAGCAGCAGCCCUUACAAGUAGCCAAGAUCAGAAGCCAGAGCAAAGCCUCCGGGUCUGGGCUCUGUGAGGGGGAUGAAGUGGUUUCUAUCAAUGGCAACCCUUGUGCAGACCUCACCUACCCAGAAGUCAUCAAGCUCAUGGAGAGCAUAACAGACUCUCUCCAAAUGCUCGUCAAAAGACCAUCCAGUGGAAUAAGUGAAACUUCGAUCUCUGAAACUGAAAACAAAAACCAGGAGAAUGUCACCCAUGAAGGGUACGUGGAAAGUACCACCCUGCAGAUUCGGCCAGCCACGAAGAGCCAGUCCAGAGAGUUCUACGUUGUCCCGGUCAAGAGCGGAGCUCCCCUAGCUGAGGAGCAAGCGAGUGGCGCUGGUUUUUCUGGGCGCACUAAAGAAGAAACAGGCCUGGCCUCUUACACGUCUGACUCUGAAAGUGGACGCUUCCCAGAGGAGAUUAUCUUCAGUGAGAAGGCAGACGCAGGGCGGCCAGGCACUGUGGUUGAGCUGCAACUGUCCCUGUCACAAGAGAGACGCAAGGGCGCGAGAGCCGCUGUCGUGGCUCUCCUGGGGGCAGAAAAAUCUAAGUCUCCUGACCCAGAGCCUGAUUUACAACACGACGGGCUUGUCCACACAAAUUCUGCCCCCACUAGUGAGAAAGAGGACCCUCCUCUGAGGUCCAGCAAGAUAAUCCAGAUCUCCAGUGGCCAGGAGCUGAGCCUGACCCAGGGAAGUGAAGCGGCCGCCCCGGGGCUGCCCCGCCUGGAGGUGAUCUUGGACUGCUCUGACAGGCAGAAGACGGAAGGGUGCAGGCUUCAGGCAGCAGAGGGGUGUGUGGCUCCUCCAGUGGAAGGAGGGCCGUCAGAAGCACCUCCUUCUCUGGUAUCCUUUGCAGUCUCAUCAGAAGGCACAGGGCAGGGAGAAGAUCCACGCUCAGAAAGGGAUCACAGCAGACCUCACAAGCACAGAGCGCGCCACGCACGGCUCAGGAGGAGUGAAAGCUUAUCAGAAAAGCAGGUGAAAGAAGCAAAAUCUAAAUGCAAAAGCAUUGCCCUCCUUCUGACAGAUGCCCCCAACCCCAACUCCAAGGGGGUGUUGAUGUUUAAGAAGCGUCGUCGGAGGGCCAGGAAAUACACCCUAGUCAGCUACGGGACUGGUGAGCUUGAGCGAGAGGCAGAGGAGGAGGAGGAGGAAGACGGCGACAAGGAGGAUCCAUGUGAAGUAGCAUUUCUGGGCGCGAGCGAAUCGGAGGUGGAUGAAGAGUUGUUGUCUGACACUGACGACAACACACAAGUUGUGAACUUUGACUGGGAUUCUGGUCUAGUGGACAUUGAAAAGAAACUGAGCAGAGGGGACAGGAUGGAGAUGUUGCCAGACACCACCGGCAAGGGGGCCCUCAUGUUCGCCAAGAGGAGGGAGAGAAUGGAUCAGAUCACAGCCCAGAAAGAGGAGGAGAGGGUGGCUGGAGGGCCAAGCAGAGAAGCAGAUGCCGCCCAAACAGAUGGCCUGAGGACCGUGACGUCUUACCAAAGGAAGGAAGAAGCGUCGGUGAGAGCGCAGAGCUCUGUGAGCAGAAGCUACAUUGAGGUGAGCCAUGGUCUCGGCCACGUGCCCCAACAGAAUGGCUUCACUGGGGUGUCUGAGGCAGCAGAGGCUCAGAGGAUGAUGCCCGUGAACAGAACAGCCAAGCCCUUCCCGGGGUCUGGGAACCAGCCGGCCACUCCCUUCUCUCCCAGCCGAAACGUGACAAGUCCCAUCGCUGACUUUCCUGCGCCUCCACCUUACUCUGCAGUCACGCCCCCACCUGAAACCUUCUCCAGAGCAGUGUCGAGUCCAACAGCUGGCCCAGCGCCGCCCCCUCCGUGGCCCCAGCCUGCCCCAUGGUCCCAGCCGGCCUUUUACGAUUCGUCUGAACGAAUAGCUUCCCGGGAUGAAAGGAUUGCGGUGCCAGCCAAGAGAACGGGGAUACUGCAGGAGGCCAAAAGGAGAAGCACGACAAAACCCAUGUUCACGUUUAAAGAGCCCAAAGUCAGCCCCAACCCUGAACUCUUGUCACUUCUUCAAAAUUCUGAGGGCAAAAAGGGCCCUGGUGCGGGAGCAGAUUCCGGACCUGAAGAAGACUACCUCAGUUUAGGAGCAGAGGCUUGUAACUUCAUGCAAGGCUCCUCUGCAAAACAGAAGACCCCGCCUCCUGUUGCUCCAAAGCCUGCUGUCAAGUCCUCAUCCUCCCAACCAGUAACUCCGGUUUCUCCCGUCUGGUCGCCAGGAGUGGCUCCAACGCAACCUCCUGCCUUCCCCACAUCCAACCCGUCACAUGGCACCGUGGUCUCCUCCAUCAAAAUCGCGCAGCCUUCCUACGCUCCCGCCCGGCCUGCAAGUGCUCUGAACCUGGCUGGUCCUUUCAAAGGCCCACAGGCAGCGGUAGCCAGCCGGAACUACACUCCCAAACCAGCAGCUCCCACCCCGACAGUGAACACUGCUCGUGCUGGCGCGGCGGGACCAUCCAAUGAGCUUCCAGGCAUGAGUGGGAAAGGAGCCCAGCUCUUUGCCAAGAGGCAGUCAAGGAUGGAGAAGUAUGUGGUCGAUUCGGACACCGUGCAGGCCCACGCUGCCCGGGCUCAGUCUCCCACCCCGUCGCUCCCGGCCGGUUGGAAGUACUCCUCCAAUGUCCGAGCGCCUCCGCCUGUGGCCUACAAUCCUAUCCACUCCCCCUCCUACCCACCGGCUGCUGUCAAGUCUCAGCCAUCAGGCCUCCAGGCCUCCAAGACAGGCAAGAAAAAGGGCAAGAAACCCCUCAAUGCGUUGGAUGUCAUGAAGCACCAGCCCUAUCAGCUUAAUGCAUCCUUGUUUACUUUCCAACCUCCAGAUGCGAAGGACGGCCUCCCCGCCAAGCCUUCGGUGAAGGUCAGUUCAGUGCCAGCUGCGAAGCAAUCUCUUCCUCCUCGGCCCGUGACCGCCGGCUCACCCACUGAUGUGCAAGCCUCUUCUGUGUACUCCAUGCCCGCCUAUACCUCUCCGCCCUCCUUCUUUGCUGAGGCCACCUCGCCAGCCAGCGCUUCCCCAGUGCCCGUGGCCGUCCCCACCUCUCCAAAGCAGGAAUCAGCCUCAACAUCUUACUUUGUGGCACCAAGGCCAAAGUUCUCAGCAAAGAAGAGCGGUGUCACAGUUCAGCAGACUGGACGCUCUCUUUCUCUUCCUGGAAGACCAGUCCCACCUGCCAUCUCUGCAACAUCUCCUUGGUUAUACCAGCCUGCUUACGGCUACACUAGCAAACCAACUGAUGGGCUAGAGGAAGCAAAGAGACUGACUCCUUGGGAAGCAGCAGCCAAGUCUCCUCUUGGCUUAGUGGAUGAGGCCUUCAGACCCAGAAACAUUCAGGAAUCCAUUGUGGCAAAUGUGGUCUCCGCAGCUCGUAGAAAGGUGCUUCCAGGGCCGUUUGAGGAAUGGAAUGCAAGACUGUCCUAUGUCCCUCAAACCCAGAAACCCAGUGUGGGCUCAUUUGUAAAGCAAGAAUAUAAUGUUGCAUCCCCACCCAAUUAUAGUAUGCCCAGCUCCCAGUAUGGUUCACAGGCACCGCAUGCAUAUUACAGGCAGCCUUCCAGAAACGAUUCUGAAAUAAUGCCCAUGGAGACCAGGUCUGAUUAUUGUCUCUCCAUAACCAACUGCAACUAUAACCCACACCCAAGGGGAUGGAGACGUCAAACAUGA